AGAAAACAGAGAAAAAGCAGGGCGUGUGAGAAGCGGAUAAAGGAGAAGAAACAGAAGCGAAACUAACAGAAGAAGAGAGGGCGUGGAAGAAUCCGGUUCGCCGCGGUAAUGGCUCGGGUUUUAGGAGGAGGAAGUCUCGGCGACUCCAAGAGGGAGAGCAACGGCAGCUCCUCCCUCCGCAUUUCCUCCUCCACUGCCGCCGCCGACAUGCCAUCGCCUUUCGGUCAGUUGGGCGUCGCCCUUUCCGAUCGUGAGCUCCGGGAGACCGCCUACGAGAUCUUCGUCGCUGCAUGCCGCACCACCGGCGCCAAGUCCCUCGCCUACGCCCCCCAGGCCGAGCGCUCGCCCUCGCUCUCCCCGUCGUCGGCCUCGCCGCUGCAGAGGUCGCUGACCUCCGCCGCCGCGAGCAAGAUGAAGAAGACCCUGGGGAUCAGGCCGUCGUCCAAGAAGGGAAGCCCGUCCAAGUCCGCGAAGAAGCCUGCCACCGUAGGAGAACUGAUGAGGGUCCAGAUGAGGGUCUCCGAGCAGACGGAUUCCCGGAUCCGGAAGGGUUUGGUCCGGAUUGCUGCAGGGCAGCUAGGGAGGCGUGUGGAAUCGAUGGUUCUGCCUUUAGAGUUACUGCAGCAAUUCAAGACUUCAGAUUUUCCUGAUCAGCAAGAAUAUGAAGCCUGGAAGACUAGAAACUUAAAUGUUCUUGAGGCUGGAUUACUCGUGCACCCUCUACUUCCAUUAGAGAAAUCAGAUACUGCAUCGCAACGACUUAGACAGAUUAUACGUGGAGCUUCAGGGAAGCCAAUUGAAACAGGAAGAAAUUCGGAGUCGAUGCAAGUGCUUCGUAGUGCCGUGAUGUCCAUUGCUUGUAGAUCUCCUGACGGAUCUUCAGAUUUUUGCCACUGGGCUGAUGGCUUUCCACUAAAUCUCCGCCUGUACCAAAUGUUAUUGGAAGCUUGUUUUGAUGACAGUGAGGAUGGAUCAAUAAUUGAUGAAAUUGAUGAGGUUCUAGAGUUGAUAAAGAAGACUUGGGUUAUCCUUGGCAUAAACCAGAUACUUCACAAUCUUUGCUUUGCUUGGGUUUUGUUUCACUGCUUUGUUACUACUGGUGAAGCAGACAUUGAUUUGCUGUUUGCAGCUGAUAACCAGAUCGCUGAAGUUGCAAAGGAUGCCAAAGCAACAAAAGAUCCAGAUUAUUCAAAGAUAUUGAGUUCAACUUUGAGCUCAAUAUUGGGGUGGACAGAGAAAAGACUUCUCGCUUACCAUGACACCUUCAUUGCUAGUAAUAUUGAAUUUUUUCAAGGUAUCAUAUCCCUAGGAGUAUCAGCUGCCAAGAUACUAGUGGAAGACAUUUCUAAUGAAUAUCGUCGUAAGAGGAGAGAAGAAUCUGAUGUAGCUCGCAGCAGGGUUGAUACAUAUAUUCGGUCUUCACUCCGUACUGCUUUUGCUCAGAGAAUGGAACAAGCAGACAGCAGGAGAUCAUCAAAGAACCAUAAUACUCCUACUCCUGUUCUUUCCAUCCUGGCAAAGGACAUCGGUGAACUAGCAAGAAAAGAAAAAGAGUUGUUCAGUCCAAUAUUAAAGAAGUGGCAUCCCCUUGCUGCAGGUGUUGCUGUUGCUACCCUUCAUUCUUGUUAUGGAAGUGAACUGAGGCAGUUCAUAUCAAGCGCCACAGAAGUAACACCAGAUACAGUUGAAGUGCUUAAAGCUGCAGACAAAUUAGAGAAAGCUCUCGUGCAUAUUGCUGUUGAAGAUUCUGUUGAUAGCGAGGAUGGGGGUAAGUCACUAAUUCGAGAAAUGCCGCCUUAUGAGGCUGAUAUUGCAAUUGCCAAUCUUGUAAAGGUAUGGAUUAAGACAAGAGAAGAGAGACUAAAGGAGUGGGUUGAUCGGAACUUGCAGCAAGAGAAUUGGAACCCAAGGGCAAACAUGGAAAAUUGUGCUCCUUCUGCAACUGAAGCUCUACAGAUAAUUAAUGAGACCUUAGAUGCAUUCUUUCAGCUGCCUAUACAGAUGCAUGCAAUGUUGCUUCCUGACUUAUCGAUAGAACUUGAUAAAAGUCUGCAACGUUACGCAUUGAAGGUGAAGUCUGGAUGUGGAACACGAGGUAGUUUUGUUCCUCCAUUUCCAGCAUUAACAAGAUGUGAUAUUGGGUCAAAACUAUGGAAGAAAAAAGAGAAGUUGCAGAAUUUACCAAAAAGGGGAUCUCAAGUUCGAUCGACAAAUGGAGAUAUUUCUUUUGGUCUUCCACAGCUAUGCGUACGCAUGAAUUCACUUCACUAUAUAUGGACAGAGUUGGAGAACGUGGAGAAGAAAAUAAAAACUUGUUUGAGGAAUUUGGAAUCAGCUCAGGCAGAUAUAGCAAAUGGGUUGCAGAUCAGCUUUGAAAUGACUGUAGCUGCUUGUCAUGAAGGAAUUUUGCAACUAUGCGAGACAACAGCAUACAAGGUGAUCUUUCAUGACAUGAGUCAUGUUCUAUGGGAUGCCUUAUACGUUGGUGGCACUGCUUCUUCUAGAAUCGAUCCUUUUAUAAAGGAAGCCGCCCAUAUUCUUGAGACGAUAUCAAAUACUGUGCACAGCAGGGUGAGGAAUCGUGUUGUAACUGCAAUGAUGAAAGCUUCUUUUGACGGGUUUUUGCUAGUUCUUCUUGCCGGUGGACCAUCUCGUGCAUUCUCUCGCCAAGAUUCAGAGAUAAUAGAGGUGGAUUUUAGGUCACUCAAGGACAUGUACCUGGCAGACGGGGAUGGGUUGCCCCAAGAACUGGUCGAAAAGGCUGCAUCACAAGUAAAAAACGUGCUGCCGCUAUUUCACACUGAUACUGAGAACCUCAUUGAGCGGUUUAAACGUUUGAUCACAGAAACGUAUGGUGCUGCAUCCAAGUCCAGGUACCCAUUGCCUCCGACAUCGGGGAAUUGGAACCCCACCGAGGCCAAUACAGUUUUACGGGUGUUGUGCCACCGACAUGAUGAGGCUGCCACUAGGUUUCUAAAGAAAACUUACAACCUCCCUAAGAAGCUGUAACCUCCCAAAGUACUGCAUCCGAUGGAUAAAUUACUGGUUCUCUGGCAGGUAUCCGUUUGUUCCUUCCGAAAUUUCAGUUCUAGAGUUGCUAGCAGUCUCAAACUGAUAAUACCAACAUGCCUUUUUAAUCCAAUUAGGCUUUGUCUCAGUAUGAUUCAUGUAGCUAAUUGAUCGAAUCUCUUUUAGUUUAUUGGGAUCUUUGGAUGUAUGUGUAUACCACGUUUAGCUGUAUUCUUUUGUUUGACAGUAGUUUAUUCUGUUCUGCAUUUGUUCUAUCUCUUAGCUUGUUUUCUCGCCUAGGUAAUGUAUGCUCAGAUAUGUUAAAGAAAAGCUAGUGUGAAUAAGCUCCUUUUGUUUAU